UGCCAGUCCAGCUUGCGACUGCCCUGGCCUGGACAGAGCCUUUGGGCCGCCUGCGUCCCCUGCUCUGUCCCUUCUCAGCUCCAGCAGGACGACGUUAUUCCAGAGAGACACAUUCGUCAUUUUUUGUAGACAAAACAAGUCCAAAAGGUUGUCUCAGAAGGUAGUGUGGGACCUCGCUCACCGGCUGCUCUUGGCUUCUAUCCUGUGACUUAGCCCUCUGGACAGACCUGAGCUCAGCAAAGAUGGCUCACAUGAAGACGAGGCUAGUUUACGCUUCCAUUCUCAUGAUGGGCGCACUCUGCUUGUACUUCAGCAUGGAUUCUUUCACAGAAAUCCCGUUUGUUUUCAAGAAAAGUCACGGGAAGUUCCUUCAGAUUCCGGAUAUAGACUGCAAGCAGAAGCCCCCUUUCCUGGUGCUGCUGGUGACGUCAUCCCACAAGCAGCUGGCCGCUCGCAUGGCCAUCCGCAAGACGUGGGGUAGAGAGACAUCGGUGCAGGGCCAACAGGUGAGGACCUUCUUCCUUCUGGGGACCUCCGACAGCACUGAGGAGAUGGACGCCACAACCCUGGAGAGCGAGCAGCACCGCGACAUCAUCCAGAAGGAUUUCAAGGAUGCCUACUUCAACUUGACCCUGAAGACCAUGAUGGGUAUGGAAUGGGUCUACCACUUUUGUCCUCAGACAGCAUAUGUAAUGAAAACAGACUCAGAUAUGUUUGUGAAUGUUGGCUAUCUGACAGAAUUGCUGCUAAAGAAAAACAAAACGACCAGGUUCUUCACAGGCUACAUAAAGCCCCACGACUUUCCCAUCAGGCAGAAGUUUAACAAGUGGUUUGUGAGUAAGUUCGAAUAUCCCUGGGACAGGUACCCACCUUUUUGCUCCGGUACUGGUUAUGUCUUUUCCAGCGACGUGGCGAUCCAAGUAUACAACGUCUCAGAAAGCGUUCCGUUCAUCAAGCUGGAAGAUGUGUUUGUUGGGCUCUGCUUGGCCAAACUGAAGAUCCGGCCGGAGGAGCUCCACACCAAACAGACCUUCUUUCCUGGCGGUUUACGCUUCUCCGUGUGUCGCUUUCAGAAAAUUGUGGCGUGCCAUUUUAUGAAGCCCCAGGAUCUGCUCACUUACUGGCAGGCACUGGAGAGCUCGAAAGAACAGGACUGUCCUGCUGUCUGAGGGGAGCCUGGGGGCGCCUAGGACAAACUUCUGAUAACCUUUGGUGAUGAUUUGGGACGAUCUGGGAUGGUCUUGCUGGGAACUUGUCGGGUAGAGAGAGGAUGAGGAUGUUCUCAGAGCCACAUGGGAAAGGAUAUAUACAAAAGCUGUGGAAUGACUUGUUCCCACUCAGCACCCAGAGCAAUAACAAAUCACGUUUUUUUUUUCAGGCCUUUGCGGGAUGCCCUCGAUGCUUGAGACAUGCAUCUUCCCGUUUCAGGGCUCAGCAUACAUUAUAAGCCCUGUGUAGGUUAAGAACCAGCAGCCAGGGUCACUUACUCAUUCAAAGGCUCACAACCUGUAGACGAAUCGUGAAUGAGAAUCAAGUGAUAUCAGGAUUCAAUUGGUGGUCGGUCCCCAACUGGGUGUCCCAUGUCUUGGGAGAAGGUGGUGGUGGGAGAAAUUGUGGGGGGAUUCUUACAACUAAGUAGCAUCCUUCAGUCCUUUUUUUGGAGACUCCGGCCUCUCACUUGUACUUUUUGAAUGUUAAGACUGGGAUGAACCAGCUUUCUCGGGCCUUGCCCUUUGCUCGAAUGAUGUAGCUGGGCACUGAUUUAAUACAGAUUACUUGAUACCCAAAGUGUCCUCGCUAUGAUUUUAGGAGACAUGCAUGCCUGCAGCCUUUGUAGCUCACUUCCAUGCUAGAAGGAAACACGUUUAUAGGACCAUAAAAGUCAGGCUGACAAGCCGCUGCUGAGUCUUGCUGUGUAGACUGACCACUGCUAACAUCCCAGUGAGGGAGAUGUCUCCACUGAGCCAACUCUGCAUUGGAUGUACUUUUAGUGACUAUUUGCAGCCCUGGGGGCACUUCAGACCUCUAAGUUCAAACUCAAGGGUAGCCAGGUAUAGGCAUGGUCUGUAUGCGUAUCCUGGAGCUUUCCUGGGCCCUGGGCUGGGUCUAAACUCCUGAGAUACAGAGCCAGGAAGUAGGCCCAGCCUAAGGGCUCUUCCUGAAUCUGUGGUCCUUACCGACCUCCCAGAACUUACCUUGUAAUUGUAGACAUGCUGAGUGUUGCCUUUUGGAAUUUAACUUUCUAUUCUCAGCUUAGUGUCCCUCCCUACCCCUGAAGGUUUUCAGAGCUAGCUAGGUAAAGACAGGGGACUUUUGGCCAUUCUGCCACAGUCACCAGACAUGUAAUCUUGCUCUGGGUCACAGGAAUUAUUGCUUUCCCACAGCUUUUUACUUUUCUAGAUUUCACUAUGUGCUUGGGGCAAAGGCUGUGUAAUUAUAAAUGUUGGAAUAUGCUCUCACCUGAACUCAGGAAAACUUAACGGUCAGAACACCGUUAGGUUGGAGGAAGCUGGAAGCUGCCUCCAGGGCCUCAUUUUCACACUUGUUCCUGUCUUUCCUAUGAAUCUCUUCCACAAGUCUUGGGGAAAUUUCUUCUGUCUGUGACAUUCUUCAAAAUCAUGCAUCACCAAGUUCUGGACCCUUAUUGAGAAUAUGUGAAAUUCUGAACCAGGUAAAGAGAAAGGGUAUUUGUUCCUGGGUGUGUACUACAGACUACAUACACCAUCAAAACCAAACCCAGUCCUAUAUCUUCUUUGACAGAGGGGGAAGCCAAAGCCAGUAACCAUGUGGUGGCGUUGCUAUCUAGAGGGUGGGAGAGCUGGCAUCGGCACCUAGCACCAGCCGCCAUGUGCCAGACCUUCUGCUUACUCAUUCAUUAGCCAUAUUGCUCUUUGCAUCCCCACAUCAUGAACAAGGUCAAGGUUAGGUCUGCAGACAGCAGACCGGAUCGAGCAUUCAGUGCUGAGAAGAUGGUUGGGCGUUGGUAUAUGCACAGGGUACUGGAGCCUAAGCAGAUGUGGUCACACUUACAGUUGCACUGAAGA